AGCCACCGAGGCCUAAUAGGCAAAAGCCCCUCCUGGCUCAUGUCAACAUUGAACGUACUACAUAAUAAUAGGUAGUUCAUAAUUCAUUGUCAUCUACGUUCUAUAUACAGUUAUAGUACAAUCAGUUUGUGGCUUUGUGCGAGUAUAUGGAUUUUAUCAAUUAUAUUUAAUAGUUCAAUGUGAAAUGUAUUAAUUAUUUAAUUUAAUAAAACUAAUUUCUCAGUUCUAUAUUAUUCGUUCUCGAUCUAUUUUAACAAGUUAAUGUUAUUGAAAUAUGGCCAUGUGGACGACGUUUACGAAUACAGGAACUUCGGAUCCAAGUCGAGAAUCUGGCUUAGGAAGUGAUUCUGACAACAUGGCUGAAUUGGCACAGCUGUUACAAGCUGAUAUACCGGAGGGUCGUAACAGUUUGACAGACAGUCAUGUAAAUUUAGAGCGUGUUGCUGAAUACUGUGAAGGAAAUUAUUUUCAAGCUGAGAAUAAACGAUUGGCUUUAGAAGAAACAAAAAACUAUACUACCCAGUCGUUAGCUAGUGUUGCAUAUCAAAUAAACACACUUGCUUAUAACUUUUUACAAUUAUUGGACCUUCAAACCGUUCAACUAUCUGAAAUGGAUAGUCAAAUCAACCACAUUGCUCAAAACGUAAUGAUUCAUAAAGAAAAAGUUGCUAGACGAGAAAUCGGUGUAUUGACAGCAAAUAAAACAACCAACCGUCAAUAUAAAAUCAUUGCACCUGCUAAUCCUGAAAAACCUAUUAAAUAUGUUAGAAAACCAAUUGAUUUUACAGCACUUGAUGAUAUUGGCCACGGUGUUCGUAAUACUCCCCGUAUGGUCCGUCAACCAAUUUCCAAUAGUUCCAGUGCUUCAACUAAUAUGUCAUCUGUUGGUCCUGCUCCUACAAUCAAACCACCUACUCCUCCAGCAGUUAUACGAGCAACUGGAUCAUUGAGUAAAGGGUCUCGUGAAUAUCGUACACCUCCCGCGGUUGCUCCACCACAAGUUCCCAGUCACUAUGCUCCUAAUUAUCCACUAGGCCAUGUCAGACGUGAAAAAGGACCUGGUUAUAAUACUCUUCCUCUACAUCACACAUCGUCGUCUAGUAGCAUACAACAAUCUCCAAUCAUUGGCAUGGUGCAUCCAAUGCAGCAGUCGGAACAACCAUCAUCUUUAAACUCUAUGCCCCCUCCACCGUCUCCUCAUACAUUAAACACAAGAAUGGGAGUUGGACCAGAUUUGUUGGACCAUCAUCUCCAUCAGGCUCCUUUUUCAUCAAAUACUGACCAUUAUCGUUCAAAUACUUCUCAACAGUCAUCUACAGACCAUUAUCGUUCAAAUAUAUCUCAACAAUCUUCUACAGAUCAUUAUCGAUCUAAUACAUCGCAACUAUCAUCUACUGAUCAUUAUCGUUCAAAUUUAUCUCAACAAUCAUCCACCGAUCAUUAUCGUUCGAACAUCCCUCAACAGCCACCUACUGAUCAUUAUCGUUCUAACAUUCCCCAGCUAACAACUACUGACCACUAUCGUGCAAAUACCUCACAGUUACCUGGUAUCUUAAAAAACUCAUCACAAUAUCAUUCUUCAUCUGCAGUAGUCACUUCCCCUCAACAGCAACAUACUAGACAAGCAUCAGCUUCUCCGCCAUUACCACCACCUCCAGAAGAUCACUUUGGUCAUAUUGCUGCUGGUCCAAUUGUACCCCAAGAACCUGAUCUUCCAGGAUGGGUUCCUAAGAAUUAUUUGGAGAAGGUAAUUGCAAUUUAUGAUUAUUAUGCUGAUAAAGACGAUGAAUUAAGUUUUCAAGAAAAUUCAGUUAUUUAUGUCUUAAAGAAAAAUGAUGAUGGUUGGUGGGAAGGUGUAAUGGACGGCAUUACAGGCUUAUUCCCAGGAAAUUAUGUUGAAGGCUGUAAAUAAAGCAUAUAUUUACAUUUUAUUUUUAUACAAUAUUAAUAAGCUUUCAAUACGAAAUUAAUAUUAUUAUUACCAACAUAUAUGAUAAUAUAAUAAUAUGAUAAUGUUUUAUUAAAGAGCUUUAAACAAAAUAAGUUUAAGUUUAAAUAUUUAAAAUUAAAAUUGAAUUUGAAUUAUAAACGUAUUUACUAUUUAAUCAAGAUAAUAUAAUAGUUUUGAAACUUGUUAAUAUUAUUUUAUUUCAAUAAGUGUUCUUUAAUAAUUAUGUUUAAUGACUUACUAUAAUAUUUAUGUAUAAACUAUAAAUUAAACUAAUUCAUAAUUAAUGAUGGAUAAUAUAGCGGUAUGCCGGUAUCAAAUCAUUAUAUAUUGGUUAAAUAUUUAAUAGACCCGUUGAAUGUUUCUUUACUUUUAUUUAUUUUAAUUGCACGUUAGUAUUAAUUUAAAAAUAUACUUCAAAUUAAAUAGUUAAAAAUAUUUAUUGCACUUUGUACACAAGUAUAUUAUUUAUUUUAUUUGUAUAAAUAUUAUUUAUGAUUUAUUUUAAAGUCAAUUGACUACUGAAAUAAUUUUUAUUGAAAAUAUACAAUAUAAGUUAUCGCAAUAGUUUAUUAAUAUUUAAAAUUAUUACCUAAUUAGUUAAUUAUGUAUCUAUUUUAAAUUGUUUUAUACCAAACGUAGAAAUAUGUUUCAUGUGAAGUGUCUGGGGAUUUUGAAUAAGUAUAUUAUGCUUCUUUUUAAACAACAUUUUCUAAAUACUAAUCUAUAGAAUACACUUAUAAAUUGCUUAAAUUUUAAUGAAAAAUAUUAUUAAAAUUCUCAAAAUGCAGUAGCAUUGAGCUUAGUUAUGUUGUUAGUUCCAUUUUUAAGGGAAACCUUUUGAAAUUUUCAAACUAUUUAGUAUUUACCCUGCAACUGCAUACUACAUUUUACUGAUUAUUAAAAUUAUAAGUUAUAUAAAAUGAAUACCACAUUUGUAUUUACUCUUUAGUCUAUACAUUCUUAAAUCGUAUAUUUGUAUUGUCUUAAUAUCUAAUUUAAUGUUUGUAACUCUCGAUUAGCAUUUUAUUUAUUCAGUGUAUAACAUUAUAUAGCCUAUAAUCUUAUGUUCCCAGAAAGUCGGGAUCCAAUUAAUUUAUAUAGGUGUUUAUGAAGUAUACAUGGCAAUAUUAUAAAAUAAUCUUUAUAUCGGUCUAUUUCAGUUAGUGUAUAAAAUGAUUAGUAUGGACUUCAGAGUUCGAACCACUAUAAUAAUUUAUAUAGCAGCGUGUUAAUACUGUUUUAGUUAAAUGAUAAGAAAAUUAAUUGCAUGGGAUCAUCAUUACUAUGGCUAUAGAUCUCAAAAC